UAAAAAAAUAAAAAUUGUAAAGACUGGAAACGAAGCGUUUAGAUUUAGAAGAACAGAAGAUGCAGCUUCGUCGAUCUUGCUUCUUCUUUCAUCAUUUUGCAUCGCGUUAGGGUUUGCAGAUUUUCAAUUCCCCUUCUUUACGCUACCUUUCUCGCAUAGAAUCUCGCAAUUCCUCCGUUGUUCCGUUUCCGCAACUCAUCAAUUCGAAAGUUAUUGCUUCACAAGGUGAAUUUGAAUUUAGGAGGUAGAGCAUGUAAUAAAGGAAAAAAAUGGAGGUCGAGGUGCCAAUCUCGCUUGAUUUGAAUAAUCAACUUCAGCCAGAGACUGUAGUUUCAGUUCAAAAUGGGGAUCCUGGUGUUUCCUCUUCUGUUGCAAAUGGUGUUAACCCGCAGCAGCCAGCUACAAAAAAACCGACCAGGCAGUGGGCUGCAUGGACUCGACAAGAGGAGGAAAGUUUCUUCACCGCGUUACGACAAGUUGGGAAGAAUUUUGAGAAAAUCACUUCCCGUGUACAAAGUAAAAACAAGGAUCAGGUCAGGCAUUAUUACUACCGACUUGUGAGACGGAUGAACAAACUUCUUGGUCCAGGAUUAUGUUUGGAUGCCAAAAACUCUAAAGAUACUAAUGCUGCAAUGCUUCGCUGGUGGUCUUUAUUAGAAAAGUAUAGCUGCAAAGCCUCAAAGCUUCACCUGAAGCCCCGGAGAUUUAAAAUUUUUUUAGAAGCCUUGGAGCACCAAUUAUUGAAGGAUCGGAAGAAGAAUGUGAGGAAGCGACCCUUACAGGGGGGGAAUUGUCUUCCUGCUGCACCUACCGCAGUCUCAAAUCAAAGUAGAGCAUCAGGAAAUGAUGCCCGUGCAGUUAAACUGGUACUUGUUGACAAUCAAAAUAUUUUAAAAUUGGGACCUUCUAAACCAUCAACGAAGCGCACUGUAAACAUGGGUGUUAACCAUAGUAACACCAAGGGAGAUUCAAAUACCAUGAAACCAACAAGGCAACGAAAGAAAUCUGGUACGAUUUCAACGGCUGCUUAUAAAAAAUGGGAGAAGGCUGCAAUUGCUGGUGUUUCUUUAGUUGCAGAUGCUGCUGAGCAUUUGGAGCGAGCUGCAACUGUUAAAGAAAUUGAACAAGACCAGGAGAAUCCAGGAGAAAGAUGUUCUGAUCCCGCUGAUUAUGUCCUGGCCUCUUUAGCCAAAUGUCCACAAAAGCAAUUUGUUGAUAACAAUGUGAACAAUAGUAUGAAACUUAAGCUCCAGUUAUUUCCAAUUGAUGAACCUACUCGAAGAGCAUUGGAAAUGGAUAAGCAUAAUCCACACCUGGAGCUUACACUUAGUACUCGAAAGAAGAUAUCAUCAAUUUUAGAACAUCUAAACCGUAAAUGGGGUAAUUCAAGCAUAGCAGCUGGAGAAGUAAUGCUUUUUCCUUAUGGUAUUCAAAGGGAAAAUUUAGUUAAUUAUCCGAGAUGGACCCAGGAAUCUACUCUUAGUGCAGCUGAUAUAUAUGCAAUGAUUGGAAGUCCACCCAUCUUCCGUUUAAGGUAUGGUUGGUUCUCCAAUACUGAGUUUGGGUUAUUAAAUAUGCAAGUGCCUGAAGCAUCUGGCUCCAUGCUCAGACAAUACAAAAGUAGUGUGGACAAUGCUAAGGAUCCGAUUGUGAAUUCAGUUUCAUUUCCUACACCAUUGACUAAUACUCUUUCCAUGGAGCUCUCUGAAGAUUGCAGAACAUCCAUGAACAGAAACCAUACUCUUAUGACUGCUUCAACUGAUUUGUCUAAUGCUAGAGGAAACAAUGUUUACCUGAAUACAAGCACUGUGGAAUCUCGUGAUCCUACAGCCAAUACACCAUGGCAUGGAAAAGAUGUUAGGGAUGGAGCUGUGACUACACAGUUGGAAGACAUGGAUGAGUUGAAAUUAAGCAGUGGAGCAGGACUGUCAGCUGGAGAGUGGGCUGACAGCCUUACCAACAUUAGUGUGGGGGACCUACUUUCAGGAGUGUCCCAGGAUCUUGAUAACUGCAUCAAUCCUCCUAUUGCAGAGAGUUGUUAUGAUGUUCAGCAAAUUCCUUUUAGUAGUGAUUCUUUUGAUGCUGCUAUUGCUGCUCACAUAUCUAGACACCAAGACAGGAUGGGACGAUCCUCUCUGGCAUCCCAUAUGUCUUCCAUCUGGGAUGCUGAAGAAACUUGUGAUGCCUUUUUAUUUAAAAAAGAUCCUAUUCUUCAAGAAUAUCGUCCUUGUUUAUCUCCAGUUGCUUCUUUAGAGUCUGAGAAAAAGGUUACUAAAAGAAGCUUUGACAAAUUGGAUGAGCUGUCACCUGAAAGAGAGAGGCUUGUGGAUGAUUGUGCUCAAACAGACCCUAUGCCUAUGGACAGUUCCGAGUCUGAUGCAGAUGUCCAGGAGCAUUUAGGAAAGGAUUUUAGUGCGCUGGCAGAUAUGUAUUGGCCUGAUUCCUUGGGACCUUUGGAUUUGGAAAUACCAUCAUCAACUAAAUACCAUAGCGAAGAUCUAAUUUUUAGUGAUAGUCUUAGUGGACUGAAUCGCUUGAUAGCCAGCAGCCUGGAUGCAUUCCAGAAUUGCUCCUUUUUUGGGUUUGACAAGAAGGAAGCACCAUCAACAGUUGAGGCUCGAGAAUCUGCCACUCUUUCAGAUUUUAAAAUUGGAAGUGGCAUCUGAGACUCGUCAUGAUUGGAUCUUGGUAAUGGUUUUCCAUUUCUGGCACGAACACAAUUGGAGUUUGUUAAGAUUUAACAUUUUUUCUUAUACUGACUGGAGGUGUGCAUGCUAAAGAAUUGGAUUGAGCCACUUCCAACUCUUCCUGUAUAUGUUUCUCUAAUCUGCGUCUCUUUCCUUUUGUACAAAAAAAAAAUGAUCAUGGAAGGAUCAGUCUCCUGUAGAAAUAUUCCUUUUUUAGGUGAACAUAUAUCUUUUUUAUUCUCUGCUUCUGGAUGUUGUAUUUUAAGAAGACCGUCUUGCAACUCCGUGGCAUGGACUUGUUUUCUAAGCUAAUGGACUCCUCCCCUCUCUUUCUAUUAUGCAAGCUAAAUAUCUAAUGGACAAAAACUCAGUUAUAUGAUUAUCUUUUA